GCACUUCGGUUAGUCUGAUGGAAACUGCUGAGUAUAUCGAACACACUGGAAAUAAAGUAAUAACUAAAGUGGUGGAACUAAGUGGUUCAUAGUUAAACAUACCAGCCAGAUUUUGUGUUAACUAAAUUAAUGUUAAGAAAUCGGGGUGAACAGUUGUCCUCCAAGCGUGAAUAAGAAGAAUUUCCUUGCAUCAGCAUUAACACAGACAAUGUUUCGUACAGAGUACGACGAGAAAGAAAAGUUGUGGAGUGGUUUGAAUAUUCCGCCGUUAUACAAUCCAAAAAUAUCGAUUGCACAAGUUCUUCUCAGAGCUUUGGCGAAAAAUGGUCCGAAACUAUCGCAGAUUAGUGACGAUAGUGGAAUCCAAAUGACCUGCGAUGAGAUUCGUUUGAAAGCGAUUCGAGCUGCUCAAAAUCUGCAGCAGCGGGGAUACGAACCGAAACAAGUGAUUGGAAUUAUGGCCAGAAAUUCACAUCAUCUGGCACCGAUUGUCUUCGCUUCGAUGUCGAUGGGUUGCCCGAUCAAUGCAAUCGGCUCAACAUUCGAUAGGGCGGAUCUAAUUCAAAAUUUGAGGACACCAGAACCAGUUGUGGUUUUUUGUGACGUCGACAUGUACGAUUGCCUUCAAGAAUGUUUAAACGAAAUGGGAAAUAAUGCGAAAGUGUUCACUUUCGGCGGCUCCAAAUGUGAUUCGGAAGAGGUGGAGAAUUUAUUCAUCGAAACUGGCAAAGAGGACAAUUUUCUACCAGUAGAAGUCGACGGCGUGAAUGAUAUUGCGGUGUAUCUUUCUACUUCCGGAACAACAGGGCUAUCAAAAGGUGUUUCCAUAACACAUGCCGCUCUUCUUGGACAAUUGUCUCAGGACGAUGUAUUGUAUCCAACUGACAUUGUUUUGAAUUUUAGUCAAAUUUUUUGGAUUGCCGGUAUUAGGGAAUUAUUGGUAGCAACAAUGAAUGGUGCAACCCGUAUAAUAACGACACAAUCCUUCACACCCGAGCUACAGCUUCGUUUAAUUGAACAAUAUCGAGUCACCUAUUUACUGAAUUUGCCAAUUCAGUUGACAAACCUUUUGAAAAGUGAUCGCCUUGCGACUGCUGACCUGUCAAGUGUACGAAUAAUUUUAGCCGGAGGAAAUAAAGUUCCGCUUCAGCUAAAACAAGAAAUGAACUCCAAAUUACCAAAUGGGUAUGUUCAUGUCGCAUACGGAUUGACUGAGUUGUGUGGCUAUAUUUCAUUGGACUUCCCUAAGUCCAGCGAUAACGACACAAUUGGCCAGUUGGUGGCUGGAGCUAAAUCCAAAAUAGUCGACGACGAUGGAAAUCGUUGUGGUGUCAACGUUGAUGGUGAGAUUUGUAUCAAAGCCACUAACAAGUUUGCUGGUUACUAUGAUAAUGAAACAGCCACUGCUGAGUUUUUUGACGAAGAAGGUUUCGUUCGAUCUGGCGAUAUCGGACAUUUUGAUGAAGAUGGCAAUUUGUACAUCGUUGAUCGGAAGAAGAACAUUUUUUUCUAUUGUGGCUUUACAAUCGAACCAUCUGUGGUCGAAAGCUAUCUGUCAGCGUCACCGGAUAUUAAAUUGGUCUGUGUGGUUGGAGUCGAUAAAAUUGUGUACAGUCUUGCAGCGGCUCUUAUUGUACGCGAUGAAAAUUCCAAUAUUACCGAGAAGGAGAUCAUCGAAAUGGUUGCAGCACAUUUUCCAGAUCAAUACCAUCUUCGUGGUGGAGUCUAUUUCGUCGAUUCGAUUCCAACAACUCGGAACGGCAAAAUAUCGCACAGGAAGGCCAGACAAAUGGCAGCGAGACUACAUGAAGAAUCGACUGAAGGCAACAAAGAUUCAUCAAUUUAAUCCAACAUUGCGCUCAACGUUCACAUUUGCAAUUUAGUAUUCCCGGAGUGCACAGAUAAAAAUAUGAGACUACAAUUUUUUAGGUCCAAGGGGAUUACUUUCAAAAAGUAAAUCUUCUGGAUUAUAUUUUUAAUCUUCGUUAAAAAUUUAAAAAAUUUAAUUCCUUCAGGGAUUAAAAAUAAGACUAAACAAUAAUAUAGGGGAUUGAACAAUGAUAAGAAAGAUAAGGAUGAUGUUGCUAAGAAUUUUCUGACGAUAAUUUGAUUGUCUUGAAAUCUCACCUUUAUGUUAAUUUGUGUUAAACACGAUUUACGAAGAAGAUACGGUUAUGAGAGAAAAUUUAAUUGAAACAUGCAUUAAUUUGGUCUUUAAAUGUUUCAGUGAGACUUCCGAUGUUUUUUUCUGCCUUGCGUUACAUAAAAUUUAAAGUAGGUCUGUAAAAAUACUGCCUGUGUGGUUGGGGUCGAUAAAAUUGUGUAAAAUUGUUUCAAGAAAUCGUUCAAUCAAUGUAGGCAUCGCAAACAUAGCAUAGAUAUAGAGAAAUUCAAGAUUGGAAUUGGAAAGAAACCCAAUGGGGACUGAAAUUUUGACAAGUUAUUUAUAAAUCGUCGUAAAACAUUAUUCCAAACAAAAAAUCGUUCAACGGUAUGUCUCUAAAAUGCACUGAUCUUUUUAUAAGUUCGUCUAAACUUCGAAACGUACAGCCGCCCGUAAGAAAACUACAAAAUGGCGGCCCCGUAUUUUUGAUUUUACACUAUUUUCAGAAAUUCUUUUGAUCAGAAUGGUCGAUACCCAUGUAGUUCUUGCUGCAGAACACCUUACGCAUACUUAUUUUCAUCGAGACUGGAAACGGCCUCCGGCACAUUUUAGGCGGCUGACACAAUGAAUCUGUGCAUUUUAGAGGCAUGCCGUAGAACAAUUUUUUGCUUAGAAGUUCAGCGUCGAAUUGGUCAAAACUUCAAUCCCCUAUUUUAACGGUCAACUAAUCCAUAUUACUAUGGGACAAUAGAUAGAUAAAUAGAUAUAAUUUUAUUGAGCAUAACCUAUUAAUUCACAAUUUCACAUCCCUGAAUUACUAUCAUCAUCAUGAUCAUCACAUUUCGUCUUAUCUUAAUAAAUUAAAGUGUUAUCUAACAUUCACCUACUUUGCGUCUCAUCAUUUUCAAAUUUUAAAUUUCAAAUAUUGCUCCACGAGCCACACAAACUAAUGUUCAUUUCACUUCAAUUCCUUUUGAAUUUAAAUUGUUGAAUACUUUAUAUAAAAAAUGGUAGUUGCUAAUAUUAUUGCGCCAUGUAUUUCUUAUGGCGCACUUAUUAUCGCACUCCAAUUUUAGAGCGAAUGCGCAAAAAAAAAACUACAGAAGAAUAUAAAAAUGAAAACCAUGAAAAAAAUAUUGACGUUUGAACUGACGAUCUUACCAUCUGGCAAUUUGCAUUUUAAUCCUCACGAAGAAUUAGUUUCUUUGAAAUAAGCCACGUUGGAAUUGAGAACCAACUGUAGCAGUGGAAAGAUCGUCGACUGGAGUGCAGUAGGUGCCGGGUUCAAAUCUCGUUCGAAAAAAAAAUUCUGUUUAAUAAAAUUUCUCAAUCCAGAUUCACAAAAAAACUUCUUCUCAUAUCAGAUGUUCAGGUAAAAACACCUAAAAACCAUAGCAUGACCAUAUACUAAAAAAAAUGUUUUAUUUUUUAUGAAGUGAAAGCCAAAUAAGCUAAAGUAUCGCGAUUCGACAGAAUUUUGAAAAUCUGAGUUUGAAUUCGAUUGUUACCGUUGUUAUCUUUGGAAGAUAUGUACCAGGAAGAUCAUAGCGACAAUUAAUUUUCUACGAAACUAGCUUAAUUAUAUUAAUUUUAAUGUUAAUUUCAGUUAAUUAUCAAGGUAUUAAUCGAAUUCCAGCUUCGAAGUAAUGCUAGUACAGUGCCGCUUUUAGCUUUUGGUCGCCAUAGGGCAAUUGGAAAAAUAGGCGCCAAUUUAGUAAAGCUACAUUUUUUUAAGGACCUCGGGCGCCAUUUUCUUCUGCUCCACUCCGGGCGCCACGGGCAUUUGCGCAUUUGGCCCAUAUGGAAAAGGCGGCAAUUAAAUUUUCACGCAUUUAAAACAUUUAAAUUAAUUAGAAAAAUUAGAUUUUACACUAAACUAUUUGGUUUUGAUUCACUUUUUCACAUACUAAAGAUUCUGAACACGAAGUGUAUGAAAACGAACAUGUCGAACCGCGAUACUUUACCUUAUACUUUUUUCGGCACUACAAAUAACAUUGCGAUCGUAUUAAAAAGAGAUUUUCAUUUCAACGCAUAAUAAACAAGUGUCGAAAGUCAGGGCAUAAAAGAUUAAAAUUUAAGUCCUUUUGGGAUUACUCAUUUGUGAAUAAGUUGAAGUAAUCCCUGAAGGGAUUAAAUUUAAAUUCUACAAAAGAUUCGGUAGCGUACUGUUAAUCUCAAAAAGAUUUAGAUCUGUGUCUAUAUUUUUAUCUGUGUGCGAAUACAGAAUUAGUUAAAAUUAACUGGUCAGAGGUUGUUCUCCGUGUGAACACUCUAUAUUGUUUUUAUUAAUAAAUACUUCAAUAUUA